GCGAGUAAUGUUUGUUUACAAGCUGGAAUCGCGUCUCCUUCACUAAAAUGACGUCUAUAUUGUGAAAGUAACCGUAUUAUUUGGCGGAUAACUUGAAUUUUCCAAGAAAGGAAUCAUAAGGAGGGAGCGUUGCUGGGCCGAAUAGGGCUAAAUUUAUCAAGAUGAAGUCUGCAGAGCCAAACCUUCGAAUUCCUGCUGUACUUAUGCCUUCCUUCCUCAAGGUUAACAGCACAGAGGAAGGCAAAAAUGCAGAGAAGAGAGUGCGAGUUAACUGUGGAAUCUGCAAGGAAACGCGAUAUUACUCAGUAUACAGAGGAGUGACACGCAUUGCAGGAACCAUUCUGGCAUGUGAGGCUUGUCGUCACUCCUAUCAAAAGUUCAAGAGAAGACCUUGUAUCCUCAAGUGCAACAAGGAGGGCAAGUGUUACGUCUUAGGUGACAAUUCCAAGAGCAGGUGCAAAGCUUGUUGGAUAGCGCAUAUACUCAGGCUGUGUCCUCUUCCUGAGGAUCUGUACAUCCACCUUUUAAAACAUCUUCCAGACGUCAUUAAGGAGCAGAUGGAGUCCACUCCACGGGUAAUGGAUGACAUCCCUGAGGAGGAGAGAGGUGCUAUUGGGCUGGAGAUGCAGAAGGAUGAGGCAUGGGAAGACAUCACAGAAAUUGCGGCGCCUCAGCAGGACCCUGUCAAGCAGGAGGAGAACGACGAGUGCGAGGAUGACAUGGAUGACGAGACGCUGGACGCUUACUUCGAGGCUGAAGAAUCACUCAACGAGAGUCAGAAUACAAACCCUGGAAACAGAGUGAAUUCUUUGCAUCACACCAACAGCAUAAAGAACGAGGCUGAGCCUGGGAAAUGGUGGACUGGAAGUGAUGGUUUGACGUAUACUGCAGCGGUAUCUGGUAACACUCAGACGUACUUUAACAUGUCCAACAUGAGUGCUUCAGAUGGCCUAACGCCUCUCACCCCCCUGCAACCCGCUGAUACUCUCACCUCCUUUACUGCUCUCGCACCCAUGACCCCAGUGGAAAUACCCCAUGUACAACACAUUCAAAAUGAGGGAGCAACAUUUUUUACCAUAAAGCAAGAGAACAGCAACAUGCAAGAUGGAGCGACCCAGGAAGCCAGACUCUUUCAGAACAUUAGCAUCAAGCAAGAGUACUACCAACCACUGCAGGAGGUCGGCCUCCAGCUCCACACCAGCCCCUACUUCAACCAAAACAGCAACACCCCAAUCUGCUUAGAGAUCCUUGACAACCAGCAGAGUACCCAAGAGAUAGCCAGUGAAAGAACUGAAGUGGGGGACUGUGAUGUAGGUUCGCCUUCGGAUAGCAUAGAAUCGAUCCAACCAAAGAAAACAAGGAGGAAGAAGCACAAAGUUAAAGUGGAGGAAAAUGGGACAAUCGCUUUACAGGAUAUAGUGACAGAAGCACCAAAGAGACCAGCCUUAGACUUGGGAUCAGAUAACAUACCUCUCAAGCAGAAGAAGAAGAUAGACCGAUUUGACGGCAUGCCAGAGGAGGAAGUUGCCAAGAAAUUCCUCCCCGACCACUUGGGACCAAACAUGGACAUCCUUAUUAUUGGCAUAAAUCCCGGGCUCUUCGCUGCCCACAAGGGUCAUCAUUAUGCAGGACCUGGCAACCAUUUCUGGAAGUGUAUGUACAUGUCAGGCUUGAUCCCUGAGCCCUUCACAGCGUAUGAUGACUUCAGAUUGCUUGACUACGGCAUAGGCUUCACCAACAUGGUGGCCAGAACAACACGGGGCUCAGCCAACCUAACGAGAGAGGAGAUUAAAAAAGGGAGUGAGAUUCUUCUAAUUAAAUUAAAGCAGUACCAGCCACGAAUUGCUGUGUUCAAUGGUAAGGGCAUCUAUGAGAUAUUUUCUGGCAAGAAGCAGUUCAACUUUGGAAAGCAGCCGGAGAUGGUUGACGGAACAAAUACACACAUAUGGGUCAUGCCUUCCUCAUCUGCAAGAUGUGCCCAGCUCCCAAGGGCUCUGGACAAAGUCCCCUUCUACUCCGCGCUUCGCAAGUACCGUGACUACCUGAAAGGCAUUAUUCCUGAAGUAGACGAAGAUGAGAUAACUUUUUCACAUGUGCGACUAUCCAAUCCCAAGACGCCAGUGAAGCAAGAAGUGAAGUUGGAGCAAGACGACAUGGGAGAACCAAAGAAAACCUUCGAUUCGGAGUCGGCAAAGGCUCUCAAGGCCUUCAAGGGAAAUAUUAAGAAUGAGCAAAAUGAGUGCAGCAUAAAGUCAGAAAAUCCAUCUUAACAUCUUCAUGCUUAGUCCAAAGUAAGUUUUACAGUAUUGAGAGGGUGAACAUGGGCCAUGAGUUUCUUGCAAGUGGUUUUUCCUUUGGCAAGAGAGGAUGUAGCAGGAACUGUGUCUAUAAUUUUCUUUUUUUUCUUUUCUUUUAUUUACUCUCCCAUGUCCCUUUCAAUUUUUCCCAUAAUGUUAACAAUUCUCUUUUAUCAACCAGGUGUGUACUUUCUCACACUAUUCUAUUCAUGUCUCUUUCUGUAGCAACUUUGAUUUUCAAAUGGAGUGAUUAGCAGAACCUCAUGCUUUGUAACCCCUCAUUGAAGGUAAAUGAGUAACCAUGUGUAGGGAUCAAUUAUAAACUAUGUAGCUUUAAUGAGACCUGUCACUCUUGGGCACGGGUCUAUGCAGGACCUAUAUACCUGUUUUUUUUCCCUUUGUGAGGGAGACUUAAAAGAACCUUUUAUUAUUCUUCAUCUUCUGUGUGCAACCUACUAGUAAUCUCAAAAGAUGCCAGUGCACAAAGAUAUUGAUAAAAGGAUCACUGUUGGGAGAGAAAGAGGAGGACGGCACUGUGGACCAGCCUCUUGCCUCUCUUUGUAUUUUUUUUUUCUUUCUUUCUUUUGUUUUAAUUGAACUGCGAUUUCUAGUUCAUCUUUUUUUUUUUUUUUUGAGAGAACCUCCUCUUCCUUCUCUUCCUCCUUUUCCCCCCUCAAAAACUCUGGUAAAUGCGUGUAUAUGCAUUAAAACAAGAGAGGGGGUUAAAGUAGCUUGAUAUACCCAUUAUUGAUACAAGAUGUUUGAAGAUCCAGAGUGACUGAUAGAUGGAUGUGUUAUAUUCUCUUGAGGUGAAUAUGACAAAAAAUGUGGUAAUUAAGAAAUUUAUUGGUCAAUAAAAGAAGUAUUUAUAGCUUCCGGGUUGAAGCUGUUGAUGGAAUAAGUAGAAUGAGUUUGGGCAGAUUAUGUAUGAAUACUCCAUGAAUAUUUAUGAUUUGUGUAUGUGUAUAUCCUGUGAGUAUAUGCUAUAGUAGUUUAUAAGAUUUUUUUUUUUUUUUUUUUUUUUUUUUUUCUUCUUUUAGGGAGUUAUGUGAACUUGGUGUUGUGUAUGUUAUUAGUAUUUUAUUUAUUUAUCAUAACAAGUUCUUGUAAUGAAAGCAAGAAGAGGCCAUUAAAUAAUAGAUUUGUAGAAAAACGGUUACAAAUAAGUGCAAUUAAUUGAAUAGAAUAAGAUUUAAAAUUUCGGAUUUCUAUUACAUAUUUAUUUAUUUAUUUGUUUAUUUUAUUAUCUUUUUUUUCUUUUCUUUUUUAAUGGUAAUUUAUACAUAAUUAUAGAGAUGAGGAGUUUCUAUCUGUUUUAUGUGAUCAAACUGACUUAUUUUGCUGAUCUGAUUAUCCUAUGAUUUGCUGUAAAUGACUUUGGAGUUCAUAUAAAAAAAGAAAAAUGUAAAAAAAAAAAAAAGUUCUAAUAUGUGUAAUUCUAAAAGGUUAUAUUCUCCUUUGUGUUUAUUUUCUGACGAUCCUACAUCUUUAAUUAUUUAUGUGCUUGUUUGUUAAGAAAACAAUACAAAGAAAAAAAGAAUAUGAUUGAGUCUCAGUGCUCGAAGCAUUCCAAAGCUAAUUUACGAAGGAUAGUGCUGCCUUGACCUGAAAAAAUCCUUGUGUAUUUUCUUACUCAAAAGAGGCUCUGUAGUCAUAGUCAUAGUAGGUGGCAGUAUCAUUGUUGUUGAAUAUCCCUCUGUCAUGUCUUGUGAGGAUGGGAGCGAGCUAGACUGAUGUGUAGGUGUAAGAGGUUGAAUGUCUGGAAGUCAGUCGAUAAAGGUGUUCAGGGUGUGGUAGCGUAGAUGCAGGAAUGUUCCUUGCAAGGAGAAAGGAUAACAGUUGGAUGGUUACUUUACCAAGUUUUUUUUUUGCUCCUGUAUUUAUUUGGCAUCUUGUAUAAAUAAGGACCCUUGGGCACACAGUUGCUCGAAAGGGUGGUAUUCUGUUCUGCGUUCCAGGUCAAGGAAAUAUGCUCAUCAGGUUUAUAAUUUUCUUUCAUUUCAUUGUUUAGGAUGAUGAUGCACAAACAUUUAAAGGACUUCUUCCAUUAUAUUUUGAAAAUCUUUCACACUAUAAAGAAUGAAUGUUGAAAUGGAGAGAACAAAUAUCAUGUGAAAUGUCAUGGAUUUCUUUGAGAGGUGUGCUUGCAUAUUUAUUUUUAAGAAAGGGAUAUAUAUCAGGGGAUGUAUGUCAUGCUUUUCAUUGCAAUUACAAACAUGAAUUAUGUAAAACCAGAAACAUACACACAAACUUUAUUACAAAUGUCAUGUAGCAUAUCAAGUCUCUUAUUGGACUGUAUAAAAAGGGUAGUUGUAAAUAUUACAUGAACUGACAGCUGCUCAAACAAAUAUUGAAAUUCAAUGUUCUUGAAAAAAAAUUCUGUACAAUUAUCUGCUUAGAUAAUUUUAAUUCAGUGAUUUAACAGAAGAUGAAUUAAUGACAAAAUAAUUCAGGAUAUUGAUAUUCUGAUUCCAUAUAUUUCCUUAGAUUAUGCUUCCAGAGGAAUCUUUUCAAUAACUGAGCAUAAUUUGAAGAUGGUUUGAUGGCAGAAGUAGAUGUGUAUACAUUGAUUUGUAGGAGAAAAUGUUCUUUCUCAGAGCACAUAAUGUAUUGAGUAGUGAUUUUUACCUGUUAGUCAAAUUGUAUUGAAAAUUCUGUAGACCUCUGGUUUUGUGAUAUUCCUACUGUGAUUUUGGGAAUAUUUGCAAAGCACAUUGAUAUACAUUCACCAAUGUAUAUAUGGCUCAAGUAGUUCAAAAUUCCCAAAGAAGAAGAUAGACAAGUCAAGUCAGCUCUUUAAAACCUUCCCGUAUGUGAGUGAUACAUGUGUCAGUGUGUUUUAACGACCAAAAGAAAGAUGGAAGAAAAAAGAAAUAAUAAUAAGUAGAGGGGGAGCUUAGUCAUCGAGAAGUACCCUGUCUGUUUUCAUCUUAGCAAUCCCUCUGUGAGAUAGCCUUUGGUUAUGCCUUCUAGGUGUACAAGUUUGUGUAAAGUUUAGGAACAAAUUAGAGAAUCAAAAUGACAAAUGACGAUAUUUUGCAGACCCGUAUUUUGCUAACUUAACACUCUUAAGGCUGUUUUGAAGAUGCGUAGGUCAGUUUCAAGCAUUUGUUACCUAAGCAGAAAUUUUACUUCGGAAUUCACACGCACCAAAAAUUAAGAGAGAAAAGAAAAGAUUGUGCUGCUCAGACAUUUAAUAUUAUUUUCCUUUUGUCAGGUGGGAAAGAUAGAGAUGUUAACACAUGUAUGAAAGAGCUUUCAGUAAGAAUAAAGAUAACAAAAGUUUGCAAUGUCAUAUUCUUUUUCUGGUCUUUCAAAAAGGCCUUUAGUGGAAAAAAUGUCCUUGGAGUUCACCUCAUGAAAUUAUUGUAAGGAAGAUAUUGAUCAUGUUCACAACUAUCUUAUUUUAUUGGUAUGACCAUUAUUUAUUAUGAUGAUAAUGAUAUAUUUUUUUCUUCUUAUAGUUGCUAUUAUUAUUGUCGUUAAUGUUAUUGUGGUUAUUCAUUUUUUCACCUCUUUUUAUUAUUAUUAUUAUUGUUGUUUUUUAUUGUCAGUGCUUUAUGGACAUUUCUAAAGGAAAAGGAACAAUUGGAUUGGCUUUUGAUAUGAGACAUGCUUUUAGAUUAAUAUAAAACACUGGAGUGAGAGCAGAGAAGAUGAAUAAGAUGAAAUAGAUAAAGAGUUUGGAAAAAAAUUGUGAUUUUAAAUAUUUAUUAUAAUAAUCUUAAUUUUUCACCUCUGCCAAAGGAAGAACUUGUAUAACCAAUGAUUCCACUUAUAUUUAGUUUACGUUGAAGUGUAAUAUAAACAAAAAUUAGAACUUUAAGAGGAAAAUUUUACACACACAGGGUUGCUUGGCAUGUACAGGGGAAUUGUCUAAUGCAGAGAAGAUUAUUAAUGUUCAUUUUUAUUAAUCUGUUGUAUUUAUGACUCUUGCCCUUUUGUUUUCUGAUUUUUAUAUUCAGUUUGUCUGUAGGUAUCAAUGUUCCGUAUAUCUGUAAUGAGAUGGGUAUAUGCUUUAUAUUUAUUUUAUUUAUUAUAUGUCUCUUUUUUACACUUCUAAAUAUAUAUAUAUAUAUAUAUAUAUAUAUAUAUAUAUAUAUAUAUAUGUAUGUAUAUAUACGUAUAGAUAUAUAGUUUCUCUAUGUUAGUGAGGAAUUAUUUUAUAUGUACGUAUAAUUUUUGUUCUUUUCUCUUCCUAUAUAUAUAUUUUUUUCUUUUCUCUCUCUCUCUCUCUCUCUCUCUCUGUUUAAGUCAUUAAGGUAUUAUGUCUAAUAUGUGUAAGUGUACGAACUUUGUUGUUCCUAGGUAUUUGAAAAUUUUCUAGUCUGUUAUCCUAACAGGGUGUUUUAUCUUAUUCCAUUAUUGCUGUUAUGAUUUUAUAUUGCAAUUAUUAUUAUAAUUAUUAUUAUUAUUAUUAUUAUUAUUAUUAUUGUCAUUAUUAUUACUACAACUACUACUGUUAUUAUUACCCUUAUCAAUAUUGGAACUACUUUCAUUAUUAUUAUUAUUAUCAUCAUUGAUAUGACUUAUUUAUAUUAAUUCAUUAUCAUUAUCACUACCACUUUCUUUGUAUUUAUGUAUUCCAUCAUUUAUCUGUAAGUUGUCAUUGUCUCUGUUCCAAAAUCAUCUCAUUAGGGUUAUGCAUAAUGAGCGCAUUUCACAAGUAGUCCAAUUUUUCCCAUUCAUACGCCAGUCAUUGUCUGUGAAUUAUGAAAUGUCAGAAGGAUUUUAAAAAUAAAAAAGGAAAAUGAACAGGACAAGAUUUUUUUUUUUUUUUCUUUUUAAAGGAAUUUAGAAUGUAUGAUUAUAGGAAAUCCCAAUAAUAGGAGAAAAGAUGUAAUAGAUAUCUGCACCUGAAUAUGUUGAUUGGCAAAUCCUGAGUAUAGGGAGAAAUAAACAUGUUAUUGGUGA